AUGGUGUUACUUUCUCUUCUCCCCACAUCCCUCCCCCUCCUCCUCCUCCUCCUCGUCCUCCUCCCCCUCAACCAAGCCACCACCUUUCUCAUAAACAACAACUGCUCUCAUCCCAUCUGGCCCGGCUCCAUCCCCUACGGCGGCGGCCUCCAUCUCCCCCCUUCCCAAAACUGGACCUUUACCACCAACACCACCAGCUCCACCUUCGGCACCAUCUGGGCUCGCACCAACUGCACCUUCGAUUCCUCCGGCACCGGCACCUGCCUCUCCGGCGAUUGCUCCGGCGCUCUCAACUGCACCUCCAACCCAUCCUCCCCCGCCACCGUCAUCGAAUACUCGUUAUACCAAUGGGGCAACAACGACUUCUACGGCAUCACUCUCGUCAACGGAUUCAAUCUCCCCGUCGCCGUCAACCCGACCGGACCAGCAAACUGUAGCGCGGUAACGUGCACUGACAACUUGACCCCGGAGUGCCCGUCGGAGCUGAAAUCCGCCGGAGGAUGCAAGAGCGCUUGCGACGUGUUCAAGACUGAUGAGUAUUGCUGCAAUAAGGUGGGAAGCUGUUCUCCGACAAAGUAUUCGAGGUUCUUCAAAAGCCUUUGCCCAAAUGCUUGCAGCUAUCCCAUGGAUGAUCCGACCAGCACCUUCACUUGCACGUCGGGUGGGGAUUUUACAGUCACCUUUUGCCCGUAAGAAUUCCUGAUUUGUAUAAAUAUAUGAUUGAUUAUAGCUUGAUCGAUCGAAUAUUGGUCUGUGAAUUUCUGACAAUAAGAAAACGGAAUGGUUGUGAUGUUUUAAUUAAUGUGUUCUUCUUAUCUGUUUGUAAUGUAUUUGACUUAAAUUUGUAUUGGUGAAUAAUAUGAUAUGUUACGUAUUAGUUUGCAGUGAA